GUCUCAGUCUCUAUCCUAUUUUUUUUUUUUUAAUCUCAGUGAUCAGAGUGUGAUAAUGCCACCGAAUGCCGAAGAACAGAAAAUCUCACAACCGGAUAUGUGUACAACGGGUGUGCUCUUUGAGGCGGAUGCUGAGACCAUCGAUGGCGGCUUGGCCAAGGAUAUAAAGCAUCUGAAGCACGCAGAGAAACGUAAAAUUGAAUUGGUCUGGUUCAAUAUAAUUGCAUUUGCCUAUCUUUAUGUGGCAUCCACAUAUGGCAUUUGGCUUCUAUUCACCGCCGUCAAAUGGCAAACGUCUGUGUUUACCCUCUUUGCCAUAUUAUUCUCGGCCCUGGGAAUCUCUGGUGGAGCCCAUCGAUUGUGGACACAUCGGACAUUUAAGGCAAAUUUGCCGCUUCAACUGAUACUUUUGUUCCUCAAUACAAUGGCCUUUCAGGAUGCUGUCUAUAUUUGGGCACGCGAUCAUCGUGUUCAUCACAAGUAUUCGGAAACCGACGCCGAUCCCUACAAUUCGCAACGCGGUUGGUUCUUCUCUCACAUCGGUUGGUUGUGCUGCAAAAAGCAUCCGGAUGUGAUUGCCAAAGGCAAGGGCAUCGAUCUGUCCGAUUUGCGCAAUGAUCCGUUGAUAAUGUUCCAAAAGAAAUACUACAUGAUCCUAAUGCCCAUUUGUUGUUUUCUGCUGACCACUGCGAUACCGAUGUACUGCUGGAAUGAGUCCUUCAACAAUGCCUGGCAUGUGCCAACGUUGUUCCGUUGGUGCUUGACCCUGAAUUUGAUUUGGUUGGUCAAUAGUUCGGCUCAUAUGUAUGGCAAGCGGCCCUAUGAUAAGACAAUUAGUCCAACGGAUGAACAUUUUCUGGUUUGGCUGCGUUUCGGUGAGGGCUAUCACAAUUAUCAUCAUGUCUUUCCGUGGGACUACAAGAGUGCCGAGCUGGGUAAAUACUCGAGAGAUUUCACAACAUAUUUCAUUCAGUUCUUCGCCUCAAUUGGCUGGGCAUAUGAUCUAAAGAGUGUGUCCACUGAUAUGGUAAAGAGACGGGUUAUACGCACUGGCGAUGGCAGUCACAAUGUCUGGGGUUGGGGCGAUAAGGAUCAGGCCAAAGAGGAUAUGGAGGAGACAACGAUAACGCAUCAGAAGGACGAAUAAUUUGGAGAAAUGUAUACAUUUUUUAACUGGCAUUAGACCAAAGACAAUAUGGGAACAAAAGUGGGGAAAUAAAAUUAAUUAUUGUUAAUAAAAA